AGUUCAAUGAUAGCGAAUACGAUAAGUAGGAAUAGAUGUUGUUUCUUCAAAGCAUAAUACUUGAUGCAUAUACAAUGCGUAGAAUAGUGAGAAUUCUCAAUGUCUGAAUAUAUUCUUUUGGAAGAAAAUUUUCUAAAUAGAAACAGAGCAGGUGUAGAUAUACUUGCAGGUAGCUGAAAUUAAACACUAGAUGAUUGUGGAUCGAUUUUUAUGAGACUAUUGAAGAUAACACAUUUAGAUGUGAUCAAUAUUACUUUUUCUUGCUAUAUACAAAUGCGACUCGAAAAUUAUAUCGAUAUUUAUCAAGAAUGAAAUAAAAAUUAAUCUAUACAUUCUGAGUACUACAUUUCUAUCGCUAAAAAAUAAAAUUAUCUUUCGAAUUCAUCCUGUCUUCAAUCAAGUAAAUAAGUUUCAAUCAAACAGAGUCGCGAAUCGUAGAGAUCUUUUGAGUUUUCGAACCAUCUUGCCUACCGUAAAUUGACGUUUUCAAGAUAGAAAAAGGCAACAUAACCUUGUAUCAAUCGACGAAUGCACGCGUCCUUUGUGCAAAAUUUUCUUUUUCUUGUUACUUUUUUCUCUUUCUUUUGACAUUUUAUGAUAAACCGGUAAGAGAAGAAGAAUUUUUCUUAUGCUUAUACGGCAGCAAGAGUCCUUGUUUUAUUCAUUCUGUGCACACGACUAAAGGUGAAUACAAGGCAAAGUGAAGUAGUAGUAUUUAUAGAAAAGAGAGAAGGAUUCAAUGGCUUCUGAAGUCAUCAAUGAGAAAUUAGAUGCGUGUUGUCUCACUGAGUAUCAUCCAUUGCCUGGAACUCCCAGAGGACGAAUUAUCAAAGUCGCCGAAAUCACUACUUAUCAUGUUAUGGGGACAGACGAUGCAUCCAAAAACAAGGCCAUUAUCUUGUUAACCGAUAUAUUCGGUACGUAUUUAUCCUUUACGUUAGCGUUCUUGAUACGUCUAAAACAUUGAAAUAGGCCUGUCAAAAAAUCCACGUAUUACUGCUGAUGCAUUAUCAGAUAAAAGUGGUUUUGACGUCUAUAUACCGGAUCUAUUUAAUGGAGAUGCGAUUGCUCCUUCGUUUAGGGAGGGUACACCAGAAGUUCCUGGAGAACAGAUGUCUAUUGGUACUAAAAUUUCCUUUGCUGGAAAAUUCUUAACAACUCUUGCUCCCUGGUUAUUUCGUCAUCGACAGGCUGUUACUCUUCCUGUUGUGGAUAAGUUCUUCAAAACCCUCCGUUCGGAGUAUGGAAUUACCAGAAUACAAGCAGUUGGUUAUUGUUUUGGUGGUCUCUAUGCAUUGUUAGCUGGGAGUAAGGAACAUCAUCUUGCAGAUGCCAUUGUUGGUUGUCAUGUCUCUUUGACUAAUAAAACUCACUAUGAAAACUUGGAAGUACCUGUGGCAUUUGUUUGCGCACAAGAAGACUAUCAAUUUACGGAUGCUCUUCGAGCAGAAGCAGAACAGAUUCUGUCGCGUAAACCAGAAAUACCCAGCAAGUUUCUAUUAACAGAAGGAACUCUUCACGGAUUCGCAGCUCGACCUAAUCCUGACAACCCAGUCAUUAUGAAAGCAUACAAACAAGCCAAUGAUUUCAUCGUAGAAUGGGCCAAAACGCACCUUUAA